AUGAAGGAAGGACCAACAACAAAUCUCCAGGAGGUGCUCGCGAAGCUGAACGCGAAUGGUGGAGCAGGCGGACGUGGAAGUGGCGGAGGGAGUUCACACGCUGGGCCGAGCGCAGUCAAGCCGACUUUCAAUCUGGCCAAAACAGCAUCGGCGGGUCCAUCUCGUCCUCCCAGCUCCACGUCGCAAGCCAGUGCUGCCGCUCUCCGUCGCUCGACACCAAGCGUUGCUGGUAGCUCGCGCAGCGUCCCACUCAACCGCUCAACGCCAAAAGAGACGCUCGGUUCGGCCGCAUCGGGCUCGGCAGUCCUCACCCCAAAGUCACUCAAUGGCUCCCCAGUAUAUCGACCUGCCUUCGGCGGGAAAGAGAUCGGAUCGACCUCAAGACUCUCUGUCGCACCACCGAAGACUGCGAACAAGCUGGACUCUAUACCGAUUGAGCGGCUCAUGUCGAUGAUCAUAAAAAAUCAGGCGGAACAAUUGGAUCUGUCAAAGCAAAAGCAGAGCCUGGGUGAUGGGGAUGACUGGAUGGGCGAAGAUCCCGAGAUGAUUGACGCGAAAAUAGCGAUGCUUGAUCAACGGCUCAAGGAUCUUACCGCGGCCAUGAUGGCACGAUCAUCUGCUCCGAAGCCUGCAGAGCCGGCAUCAUCCGGAAGCACGGCCCGCUCCGUGUACUUUGCUCGGCAACAGCAGACUACUGGCCAAGAUCGUGCUCAAGCCUAUCCCACCCCAUCCACCUCGAACGGCUCAGACCGCACGCUCCCCACCAACCAACAGCGAGUGCCGCACCGGAGCGAUACCAGCGCGGGAGGAGGCGAUGUCAAGCCGAUAUACAGCCUUUUGUCGGAUGACGAGGAGGAAGUGCCGUUAGCGCAAAUACGUCGUCCAGGUCCGUCACGGCAGGGGGACGAGCCGCCUCAAAUGGAUGACUACGAUAUUGCGAUGGCGGAGCAAGAGGAGAUGGACAUGGCGAGGGAAAUGGAGGUGCCCGAAACGCCCCCAGCCCAUCGCGCAGCUAUAGCCGAGCUGGAGGAUAUCCCACCAGAACUCCUCUUCUCCUCGCCCCCUCCUGUACCUACCUCUCGGCCACACCAGCAGCAACAGCCUGUACGCGUCUCGGCAUCGGCGGCGCGAUCUACGCAAGCGGGACCUUCACGGCUCGGUGUCGUCGCUUCUCCAGCCUUCCAAGGUCCGGGCCCGUCCCAGCCCCGGCAGAGAGCGCCGCCGCGCGGAGAAGAGGUGGUAGCGGUCCAGCCGGAGAAGGUGUAUCCUUGGAGUAAGGAGAUCAAGCAGAGACUGGUGCAGACUUUCAGGCUCCCGGGUUUCAGGAAGCAUCAGAAGGAGGCGAUUGAUGCGAUCAUGAGCGGGAAGGAUGUCUUUGUCCUCAUGCCUACAGGUGGCGGCAAGUCACUGACAUACCAACUUCCCGCUGUCUGCUCCCUCGGUGCCACGCGCGGGGUCACCUUCGUCAUCUCCCCUCUGAUCUCCCUGAUCAACGACCAGACCCGUCAUCUCCUCAAGCUCGAUAUCGCCGCCCUCGCAUACACUGGCGACAUGACCCAGACGGACAAGAACGAGGCGCAUCAGUCCCUGUCGAAGCCGGAACCAUGGACCAAGGUGGUAUACGUCACGCCGGAGAUGAUGUCUGCCGGGACGAACAUCAAGGGGAUCAUUCGGGAUUUGGCGCGCCGGAAACGGCUGGCCCGGUUCGUGAUUGACGAGGCGCAUUGUGUGUCUCAGUGGGGUCAUGAUUUCCGGGCGGACUACCUGAAACUCGGGAAUCUGAGGAAAGAAUACCCCGAUAUCCCGAUUAUGGCUCUGACCGCUACCGCCCAAGUCAAAGUGCAGGAGGACAUCAUCCGCUCGCUCGGUAUUCAAGGCUGCAAAGUCUUCCAACAAUCGUUCAACCGGCCGAAUCUGUCGUACGAGGUCCGACCGAAAAAGAAGGACGUCUUGCAGGAUAUCGUCCGCGUCAUUCACGCGCAGCAGGUCGAUCGGAAACACGUCCCGGGAAUCAUCUAUUGCGGCAGUAGGGACAAGUGCGAGGUGCUGGCGAUGGAAUUGAGGGAUAAGCAUGGGUUGAGAGUGAACCAUUAUCAUGCGGGCAUGUCGAAGGGGGACAGGAGAAGAAUACAGGAGGGAUGGCAGGAGCAUGAGUUUGAGAUCAUCGUGGCCACGGUGGCGUUUGGGAUGGGGAUUGACAAGGCGGAUGUACGAUUCGUCAUCCAUCACUCAUUACCUCGCUCGCUCGAGGGCUACUAUCAAGAGACUGGUCGAGCCGGGCGAGAUGGCAAAUCGUCUACUUGUAUCCUGUACUACCACUUCAACGAUGGAAAGAGCAUGAUGAGCCUCAUCGACAAGGACCAGGUCUUGACUCCUGACCAAAAGGCCCGGCAAAAGGACAGCAUCAACGAGGUCCUCCGUUACUGCAAUAAUCGGACCGACUGCCGUCGUUCACAGGUCCUCGCGUUCUUCAACGAGUCGUUCGACCCCGCCGACUGCCACGAAGGGUGCGAUGUCUGCCUUUGCCGUGAUACCGCGGUGUAUGAGACCGAGGACGUCUCGGCCGAUGCCAUCACCGUACUCAAGAUGUUCCAAAAUCUUCAGCGGGAGGACCGGGUCACGAUCGUUACAGCGACGGAAGUUUGGCGGGGAUCCACCACCAAGACCACGCAGAAUUACCGGGACAACCCACACUUUGGUUCUGGGGCGGAAUGGGAGCGGCAGGACGCGGAGCGAUUGCUGCAGAGUAUGACGAUCGACAAGGUAUUGCAGGAAUUCACGGUGGUCAAUGGCGGCGGAUGGAGCAACUCUUACCUCUCGAUGGGCGAGAAUGCGCGAGAUGUUCUUAAGGGCAAACGCAAGAUCUCGAUGGAUUUCCGCGUCAAGUCCCCAGUCAAAGGCAAAGCCGCGCCGCUCCGCCGAACAAAAUCCGCCUCUGCUGCCGCUGCUCCCAAGCGCCAGCCGGGCCAGACCAACAUGGACGACUAUGCCAAGCCCACGCAACGCAUCAUCUCGAAUCCCCUCGCUCGAAAGCGGUCCCUCCAGCAGAUAGCGGCCGAGGAGGAGGCGUUCGAUAAGUCGGGUUGGGGGGACACGGACAAUGAGGAGGAUGAGGAUCGGCCGGAUUACCAGAAGGACACGGUGGAUCCGAUAGUGCUCAGUGGGGAUGAGGAGGAGCCGGUGCCGAAGAAGCGGAAGAGUGUGGGGGCGGCGAUGACAGCAGGAGAGGGGACUAGUGCGAAAGGGAAGGGGAAGGCGAAGGAGGUUCCGGAUAGGUCGGAGAAUAGGACGCCUGUGGAGAAGUGCUUGAACGCUUUGAACGAUGUGGUGCAGAAGGAGUAUGCGAAAAACACCCAUGCGCCCGUGCUUCCAGAGUAUGCUCUUGAAAUGCUGGCGACUACGAUGCCGACCAACAUGAACGACCUAGAAAAGACCGAAGGCGUCACCUCAGCCCACAUCAGACACUAUGGCCAAAAGAUUCUCGGAGCAACCAUCAAACACCUGAAGCUCGCGGAGAAGGCCAACGGGAUCACGCCUGGCGGUCAAGGGUCUCGACUGCCGCCCAGUAUGGCUCCUCGUCCACGCGCAUCGGCGGCAGCCAAGGCCAAAGACGACUCUGCUUCGCCCGCUAAGCCUGCCGCAGCCGCAGCCAAAUCUACGAAAGCGUCCGCCUCGUCCAGCUCGACCGCGGUGUCCAAAAAGACCGCCUCGCGACCCGCGCCCAAGCAGGUCGUCGCCAACAUCCAGUCGUUCGCGUACCAGCCCAAUGUCCAGGCGACGAGACCCCUCACGUCGUACCUCACCAAGGCGGGCGAUCAGAGCGGGGAGAAGCGGAUCACUCUCAACAAUGCGAAUAAGGGUGGCGCUGCCAGGCCGAAGUUCUGA